AUGAAGAUCACCCUCUGCCUCCUCGCCCUCCUUGGUGCCGCCAGCGCCGCACCAAACCCAGUCUCUAACGCAGACCCAAGCCCACUCCUUCAAAAACGCUGCACCGCCGGUACCAACCUACACUCCUGGUGUGUCUCCGCCUGCGGAUACAACUGCCGCGUUCAAUACGGAUCUUGCAGAAGCUCACCACCACCAAACUGCUCCGAAGCCUAUUCCCGCAUGCUUUCGUACUGUACUACCUGCUGCAAUACCGGUGAUUGCACUUCUUGCCAGAACUGCGGAAGCUACUAUCCGCAACCAAUGCCAACAGAUUAA